GUUCGGAAGCAUAGACCGUAAGGAGUCGGGAUUGAAAUAUUGACGAGUUGCCAGGCAUUGAUUGGGAAGAAAUACGUUCAGGCCGUGUAAUCUAUCUAUCUAUCGAUCUCUAUGACGCGUCUGGAAAUUGAACUUUCGUGAGAUACUUUCCUUCCGAACGGUCAUAUUCCUUAUGAACCCUUUCGUAGCGGACAGAAAGCUCUUGAACCCAAAGUUUGAGGGGUACAAACUCGACCCUCUUGAACAGGACCAGAUCAUCUCACGCUUCCCUCUCGCACAAAAAGUUUCGCAAUCUACCUCCCCUUCCCGCUCAGUAUUGUCCUUUAAAGAGGUUCAAAGCAGAAUCGCGCAUAACCAUUUGACUAUAUCUCCUGAAAGCAAUCGUGCCGUAUACGUCGAUGAAGACUUCAACGUGGUAUCGAUAUUGAUAUCUGACACCCUUGUUCCUGUUUUCAGGGUUGUUUACGAGCUUCCAAAGCCCGUCAAAUCCAACAGCAUCGAUGUACAUCCCGAGUACCCUUCAUCAGUGUUCUUUUCCAAUGAUAUCCUCGCUGUGUCUGAUGGGCACGGGUCGAUGUACCUCCUUCGUCAGAACGACAAUGGGCCUUCUCAACUCUUAGGGAUAUAUCAAUCUCCUUUCCUUUCACCUUUUAGAAUUCAUUCGGGAAACCUGCAUUCCCCAGAUGCUGCAACCAUUUUGUUCUCUUCAAGGAAUUGCGAGUCGCAUGAUUCAAUCUCGCAAGGAAAGAAGGGUUCAUCGGUUGACUUUGAUGUUUGGGCCGCCAAGUUGGAUAUCUCUGACUCUGAACGGUCAGGGAAAUCCGACAACGUCAAGGCGAUGGAGAUUCUGUGGCGCCGUCAUGGCGACGAACCUCCAAUCUUCGUGACAUACGACCCUUCCAGCACCUCGUUUGCCAUCAUAGGUGGCUCGGUGUAUCGCGAGCACGGAGAUGCUACACCUUAUACGCCAGCCCCGGAUGAAAUUGCUCCCAUUCCACGAGCAAACGAGAACCUGGACGAAGAAGAUCAAAGUUCUGCAAAACCCCGUCCAUAUUCGUGGACUCAAUCCUCGGAUUCUGUCACAGUAGCAUUUCCUCUACCUUCCACCACCCAAAAGUCGCAGAUUCACGUGCGACUGGCCUCAGAAAGUCUUUCUCUCUCAAUCGAUGGUGUGGAAAACUCCGACUUACCCGUUACUUUACCGAAAUAUUCGUCAAAGUCGCUCUGGGACCGAAUCCAGACAGAAACGAGUUAUUGGACGUGGGAUCGCGAGGCUGAACAUGCGUUUGGCUUGCUGUCUCUCCACCUCGACAAACAGAACGUGGGAACGAAAUGGAUGCAAGUGUUUGCGAGCGCUGGGACUACCACUGCUGCAGCCGCAGAGGCAUCUAUUGAGGACGUAGAGGUGCCGGAAACACUCGAUCCAUCUGAACUUUGGCACAUUCGUGAAUCAUUGGAGAAACAUACUGCCGCUUUAAGGACAGGGGAGGACGCCAGUGGUUUGGGUCUAGGAAAGGGCGUUCCAAGCCUUGCAGAGGGUGAAAUGGAUGAAGAACUGGACGCUUCAGUGGGAAGAAGAGCAUUUUUAUCGUGGUUCGGAAGAGAAGAUGGUUCUCGUCCGCCUUGGGCUCCUGCUGGGAAGGAAAACGUUUGCCAGCUUCUUUCAUUACCUGUUCCCGGAGAAGACAACACAUCUCUGUCUCUGGUAGUUAAAGAGGGGUUGGACGGGGUAGUUUAUACGCUUCGCGCGUCAGCAGAGAAGCCCAAGUGGGUUCAUUCUUCGACAUUUUCUGCUCUAGCCUUCGUUUUAGCGUCAAAGCGUGACGUCCGUUUCACCUUCCACUCUCGUGGCACCGUGUAUGCCCUUGAAAAUGGUUCGUUGAGCCGAGGCGGAAACGCGUAUAUUUAUCGAUCCGUUUCCCGGGGGGAAAAAUGGGCAAAACAAGCUAUUCUACAGGUGUUAGAAGGUUCAGGUGGCACUUUACUUGGUGUGGGAGCGCUUAAUGUUGAUAGAUCAAAGAGAAUUCUCUUGUUUCUGGAGGAACGUGAGUUGGUUCUCUUAAAGUUAUAACUUAAACAAUCUGGUGUGCAAAAAGGAUAAAAAGAAAUAAAGGGGCAUUUAUGAUACCGAUGAUUGAAAUAUCG